GUCGUAAACUAUCACGCAGUAAUACCCUAAUCGCACCACCGCUCAAGUCCCGUCGCAUUCUCUACGAAGGCACUCCAGAGCUCCCUCGACCGCUUGAGAUCAGCGCCGCAUUCAGUCGCUCGAUCUAUGCGUCAUGGCUCACCAGCACGGGCUAUCGCACCUGGUGCGCCGACAGCGCCAUCGCCAACAGGAGGAAGAGGAGGAGCAGCAACAGGUGGCCACCGUUGUCGUUACCCUGGCAAAUACCUACACUGGAGACGUAGUUUGGGUGACGCAAGCCCCGAAGACUCUGUUACCCCCAGCUGUCAAGACGACCGCCCCGGCGCAGACGGAAGAUGACCCAGAGCCGACGUCUCGAGCUGCAGCGAGCUCAAAGCAGCCGUCUGCAACGGCCAAAUCAAACGAAGCUGAGGAGACUGCCAAAGCCACAUCAACUCCCAAGCACACCGCGUCCACGUUGAUGAUUGCGACUUCAUCGCCGCGUGUUAUCAGCACGCCCCUCGCAGGCUCCACUGUCGUCGGUGGCCUCGCAGCUGCCACUGUGUCUUCCUCCCCUAGCGCAACCGCUGAAGCCACGGGAAGCAGUGGCAUGUCCGGUGGAGCCAAGGCUGGUCUUGCAUUCGGCAUCCUGAUCGCCAUUGGUGCACUUCUUGGUGCCGUUCUCUUCAUCUAUCACCGCAAGAAGAAGCAGCUCGCCCAGCAAAAAUUGGUCGACGAGAAGGCCGCCAUGCACAAUGCUGCUCCUCCGCCUCCGCCCCCACAGGUCGAAGCUGCUCCUAGCAUUAGGACAGCCCGCACCAUGUCUACCGCGCCUCGUCUCAGCCUUCGCCCGGUUACGCAAUUUGAUCCGUCCUUCCCGAACCGCAAGAGCAGUGGAAACUUGCUCGGUGUUGCCGCCGCCGCCGCUCCUGCUGCUCGUUCAGGAGAACGCGCACCUUCGCCUGAUCGACCAAGCAGCUCUUGGGAACGACCUGGAGCCGCUAAUGCUGCUGGUGCUACUGCCAAUCCUUUCAACGACCCGCAACCGCCUUCAAACCGCCCUCUACAGGACCCCUUCUCCAACCGCGCUGCCAUUGAAACUCCCCAGGCUUCUGCUCCUGCUACACCUUCAAUCGCCGUCCAUUCUUCAGCCCCCAGCACAGACUUCGCCAAUCCUGCUAAAGCAAUCGCGGCGGCUGAAGCCGCACCACACUCUGCACCCCUUCCUGCCCCACCGAGCAUCAAAUCCAACUUUGACAGCGUACCGCCUAGCCCCGCUUGGACUGAAGAUAUUCCUGCCUCUCCUGGUCCUGCACCUACCGGACCUCCUCCUGUUGCUGUCGCUGGCGGACCCACCAACGGACCAGCCCCUGCUCCUAACAAUGUCCACCGCGUCCAACUGGAUUUCAAGCCUUCCAUGCAAGACGAGCUCGAGCUUCGCGCUGGGCAGUUGGUUCGCAUGCUUCAUGAAUACGACGACGGAUGGGCUCUCUGCGUCCGCAUGGAUCGAUCGCAACAAGGUGUUGUCCCACGAACCUGCCUUUCCAAGCACCCGGUCAAGCCUCGCCAGGGACCACCUCGACAAGGACCACCAGGACCUCGUGCGCGAGGACCGCCAGUGGCUCCCCAAAUGGGCCCAGGAGGAGUUCCUCAGCCACGUCCGCACUCUCCAGCGAGUGGCCGCAGCUCUCCUCACCCGCCAUCACUUUCCCCCGCCAAUGGUCGCAUGUCUCCCGGUCCCCGCUCUAUGAGCCCCGGACCGCGCCAAAUGUCUCCGCCUCAAGGACGUGCCCGAUCGAAUAGCAACGCGCCCUACGCCGGACCUCCUCGCUCAAUGUCGCCGGGCCCCUACGGAGGCGGCCCUCAAAUGGCCCCUCCCCCGCAAAUGGGUCGUCCGCGAUCGAACUCCGCGAGCCAGGUCAUGGCGCGCCGCGCUUCACCGCCUGGCCCAAGCCGCAUGAAUCCCAACGUCAAUAUGCCAAUGCCGUCUAGGAAACCAGUUCCGGGCCAGGCAUUGUAAUGUUUUUUUUCAUGAGGAAUGGUCAUGGCCUAUUUUUCCUUUGUGAUAUUUCCUCCCUUCGGUGGCCGGGUAUUCGGGGUUAAUCUCCUUAUUCUCCUAUAUCCUUCACUUCUGCUUUUGGGCUCGCUCCGACAACAUACUACGGAGUUUGUCCGUCUUGGAUGCAGCCCGUCACUUUUUUAGCGCUUCAUGUUUAUACCCAACACCAGGCAUCGCUUAUAUCCUUAUCGAGCGGGGAUUCUCCCUUCAUGGGGCGUAAGAGAUGGACAUAUGGUGCUAUUUAGAGGUCGAUAAUGUUUUAAGGUUGUUAGCUCUUGGAUGCAGGACCAUUCCGUCACAACCCGUCCGCUGGGAGGGUCGGCUGGGUACCUAG